AUUUCCUGUUCCACCCUCCUGGCUUAACAGUGAACAGACCUCACUCUGGUGUGGCCAGCACGGGAGAGAUCACCUCCCUCUGGUCGGCAGUGAGGUUCAAAUCUGCACAGGGUCAGAAUAAGUCAGGGAAAUUGAGAUUUCCCUAAAAGCGGGGACUCUGGUGGGGUUUACUUGCAAGUUGGGGCUUUUAUUUUGGAGUCAGGUGGCACAUUCACUUUAUCUCUCAGGAAAAGGAAACACCUCCUUCUCGAGACGAGUGUGGACCGUUUCUGGCCGGUCCUCUUCCCUCUGUGGGAUGAGAGCGAGUGGAUCAUUGUGUGGAGCUGCUCCCUUUCUAGUCCAGCUGCAAUAUUAGUUCCUGCAAUAUUCCUGAGUGACCAACAACCUCUCACUGCUUUUCUGUCUGAGACAUGGGAUCUUAUCUGAAUGUUGGCUGACAGACCAAGUCCAGAUUUGGAUCUAAAUUCUUUGUUUUUCAGUGGAAGCUUUAUAGUCAAGCUGAGCAGCUCUCAUCCAGGACCAAGGAUCUGCUGCCGCAGGAGUUACGAGUGUUAAAAGACCUGGAGAUGGUAGAUAUUUGAACGAGCAGUGAACUAGGAUGGAGCCUGUUAAGAGAGACAUGGAGCUGCUCAGUAACAGCAUGGCGACCUACGCCCACAUCAAAGCCAAUCCAGAGAGCUUCGCCCUCUACUUCAUGAUGGGUGUCUGUUUCGGUCUGCUCAUGGCGCUCUGCCUCCUAGUGGCCGGCAUCGCCUGCAGGACUCGCCGCCACAGAAGACCCCCUCCAUCCCCCGAGAGGAGACAGCUGAAGGAGUCCAGCGAGGAGGAGGAAGAGGACGAGGAGAGCGUCGAGGACGAAGACGGGGAGGAGGCGGAGGUCCCCAAAGUGACAGAAGGGGCCUUGAGUGAUCGCAGCAGCCAGUCCAACGGCACUCUGAGGAGCGUGAAUGUGUUCGCUUCGGCUGAGGAGCUGGAGAAGGCGAGACGUCUGGAGGAGAGGGAGCGAAUCGUCAGGGAGAUCUGGAGGAACGGGCAGCCGGACAUCCUGGUAACAGGGACGGGGACUAUUGGACGAGUGCAUUACCACUAACAGACACUUCUCACGGACUACGAAGGGCAGGACACACACAGUACAUCGGACAGAAAACAUUUCUCUCCUUGAUGUGCAUUGAGACCCAAAGUGUUCAAUAGUAAAAGGGCGCUCCACCGAUUUUACACACAAAGAUCAGUUCACUCAUCACGAGGAAUAAUACUCAGCCUGUGAAAAGGGUUUUAUAAUGUCCUAUGUGGCUCCAUGGGGAGAUUUUUAGAGUCUGAAUAAACAACUUCAAAGGUUACCUCAGCUUAGGCAUGGGGCUUCAAAUUUGUAGCGUAAAGCCUGCGCUACAAACCGGGAGUGCGCGGUUUGAAAGACGCGGGCAUUUACCAGUCAGGGAGGGUCUAACAAAGGAUGAUAUUAAGUUGCAUUGUGGGAGUUGUAGUAUUCAGUGCUUUUGGAGAUUAACCCAUCCUAGGUCCAGGCUCAGGUUCAGGUUCAGGUUUACUGUUAUGUCCGCACAUACAUAGAGAGAGACGAAGUGUUGUUCCCCGUGGAGCUCAGUGUAACAGAACAGAGAUACAAAAACUGCACAGUCUUACGGGUAAGAGUAAGAGUGAGCACUCUUACGUUAGCAGCAACAACUUGGAUGUAAACAAGAUCCAGUGUAUUUUCUUCUCUUGUAGCAAACCUGCCAUGCUGGUGGAAUUUCAGCAAAACAGCCUUUAAAAAGGUGUUAUAUGUAAGUUUUUGCUAUCGCUACAUUUUGCCAUUAUUUCUAUCACUUCUUAACGUGUUUUUUUUUUUGCCCUCUGGGCAGCGCUACUUCUUUAUCCUCUCAUGUUGGACUGAGGGCAGACUGGACUCUACAGUGACUCACUGUCACCUCUCCAUGUACAACGUGGUAUUACAAGAUGGGGCGGGCCGGGGCUAGCUGGUUAGCACGCUAACCUCAGUAGAUAUCUCUGCAAUACAAGACACAGAUGUGUCUGCAUUAACAUCAAAACUGUUAUUUCUUCACAUUCUGUUGAUAAUUUUGAUUAAUUUUUUAAUGUUUUAAACUAAAAUACUUACAUAUAGCACCUUUAAAUUUGUAUGAGUGUAGUCUGGGUGUGUGCUACAAUAACAACAGCAGUGAAGUCCCUCGGCAGAUAGUGUGGCCGGCACUUCACGACUGUAAACUCCACCAGCAGAGAACAGCACUGGGACACAACCACUGUGUUUGUGGACCUUUCUUUGUGGAUAUAAACGCAGUCCACCUCCACGAGUCUUACUGGACAGCGAUGAUUCCCUAUUGGCUCAGUAGCAAGUUAGGCCGUGUCCAUAAUGUUGCUGCGUAGCCAUGUUUAAAUGAAAACAAAGACGGAGUAGUUCUUUGCUGGUUCAUGCUGGCUGGUCCGUCGUACUCACUUGGCCAAUCUCCAGUAGAACCUCUAGAAGGUGCUGUGGCUUUUGGUUUUUUUUGUUGUUUUUUUUUUUGUUUUAUUUUUACACCGCAAGACAAGUAAAACGACAAAAGCACUGAAAUAUUUGGUCCGACAGAGGCCAUUGUAUCUGCACGCGCUGCGACUGCAAGCAAUGAAGGAACAACCAAUGACAUGACAUAAGCACAAUAAGUUGCAUUACACAAUAAUUCAGAAGUGGAUCAGAGUUGAUAUGAGAUCAAUUUAAAGAUGACUUAAUCACACCUGGGGCCUGUAACAUGAAGCAAGAUUAUCUGGUUAUCCAGGUAUCUCUGGGCUUAACCCAGGAUUUCCGGCAUCACGAGGCCGUCUCACUUUUCAACUGGAUAGGUCACCAUGGUAACCUAUGCUGCAGGGCCAACCUGAUUCAGAGUAGACUAAAGUCUACUGGGGAAAAAAAAAAAAGAAAAACACUAGAAAGUCAGAAUAUCUCAGGCUCUGCUGCUUCUGUCUUGACUGUUCUUUAUCAGUUUAUCUGCCGCUGUGAAAUACUUCAUCACCUUUUAAAUAAAUGAAGAAGACAUUAUGAAAUAAAGAAUCAUUUGAAUAAAUACAGAUGAAAUAUGUACUAUAACCAUGAAACUGUCAUAUUAACCAGUACAUUUUUAAAACUCAGCUCAGUGUUAUGAAAAGUUAUUUCAUCAGUAGUGGAAAGUAACUAAGUACAUUUACUCCAGUACUGUACUUAGGUGCAAUUUUAAGGGUCUUCAUUUGAGCAUUUCCUUUUACUGCUACUUUAUACUUUAUACUCCAAUAUAGUUCAGAGGGAAAUAUUGUACUAUUUUACUUCACUGCAUUAAAUUUCAUUGGAUAGCUUAAGUUAUUUUUGCACCUUCAGAUUAAUAAUACAAAAUAUAAAUCAAGAAACAAAUUCUGAUGUAUUGUUGUAGGUUAAGAUAAGACUGUAUUUAUCCCCGGGGGGGAAAUUCACAAGCUAGCCAGCAGUAUAUAAAGUUAUUAAAAUCAUCCCCACCCUUACCAGCUGCAACAUUAAGGUGAUGUGCUCCUUAAUGCAUCAUUAAUUCUAAUCCAAUAAUAUAAUAUACAUUACUGUGAAAUGGGCCAUCUGCAUAAUAAGUACUUUAACUUUUGGUACUUUAAGGAUAUUUUGAUGCUACAUUUCACUUAGACAAAAAUUUGGAUGGAGGACUUUUACCUGUAACGGAGUAUUUAUACACUGUGGUAUUGGUACUUUUACUUACAUAAAAGAGCUUGGUACUUCUACCACCACUGUAUUUCUUCCUGCUUAUUUUGAUAGUGUCUUUAAGAAUCAAGAUCAAUGCAAAAUCAAAAAUCCAUAAAAAAAAAAAAAAGA